AUGGUUUGCUUCUCGAUCUCUUUCAACCGAGCGUCGUUCUUCUCAGCAGCCGCCCCUUGCACUUCAUCUAUACCAGACUUCGCCUUGAUUAGGCCCGGCGUAGCGAUGGAUAGUUCAUUAGACGAGAAAAACAUCCACAGGCCUAUGAUUCCUAAUGCUGCAACUAUUCUGAUGGCAUGGCUUCUUUUGACUAUCUGUUUCAUCCCUUCGUUCCUUGCACAAUCUGUCCAGACUUUCCUCUUUACAAAUCACCAGCCUUCCCGUCUUCUUGUCUUCAUCACCCACGUUUAUUGUUUAAUGAUAAAGCCUUUUGUCCUUUAUUUUUGGUUCCUUUUCCCGCUUCGUUUACCCGGUGGUUAA